AUGGUCGUUGAGCGUCGGCAAGACAACGAGACUGCCGAGGCAGUCGCCGACAUGACGGAGGGCGUUCAUGGUGGCGAACCCAACAUGAUUACUUAUGAGCUUGAGACAGUCGAGAUUCACGAGUACGUCGAGGACAAGCCGGACGCACCCGUCUUCAAUACCCUCAAGGACCCAGACGACACGACCAUGGUUAUUUCCUGCAGCGACGGGAACAUAUACGCUGUCCUGGCCAACAGCGCGAAAAUGAUGCACUACUACAGCGCGAUAAUAUCGGCGGCCGGCGUUUCUCGUCUACGAGUUGCAGACUCGCAUAAGACGCCCAAAUCGAGCGUUCCCGUCCUCCUCACUCUGUACGAGAGCCCCGAGAAUCAGCAAGAACAGUUUUACGUGGCUGUCGACAGCCAAGAGGAGGCCUUCUAUCCCCUGGUGUGUGACUAUAAGGACGACCGAAUCGGGUCCAAGGUCUUCCUGGCAAAGGAUCCCGUACAGGGCGUCGAGACUCUUCAAAGCCCAGACGUGGAGCACUCAGUCACGGGCGGGAAGGUAGCAGAAUGCUUCCCACUGGUGCUGGGUAAAGCAAAGCGAGACGACAAGGGCUACCUGAUCCCCGAUGAGAGCGAACAAGUCUUGCUCGAAACUGAUGCUCGAGAGUGA